GUCGAAGCCGUUCUCACUUGACCAAGUCAAGAAGUUGACCGCAAGUGACUUGACCACAAGAGACGAGUGCAAGAUCUGGGUGGUGAAGGUGGAUGACGUCACGUACAAGACAAUUUGGCCAGACUGUACCGUACACGACCACGGGGUAGUGCCAGCUUAUGACCUAACUUGGACCUGUAACUCCAUGGUCGCCUUGACGAAGGACAAAAAAGAUUUGGAAUACGAUCCCGUACCCAUCGUACACAUAAGGCAGGGACCCAGGUUCCCAUGGGUGUCCGCCUUAUGGAGAGAAGACUUCAAGGAUCCCUGUCAGUAAGAAAUUGAUCUUGUGACCCAAGCGGGUUACUCGAGAUUCAUAAAUAAAUAAAACCUUGCA